UGCAGAGGCUCAGGGUGAAGUGAGGCUCUCCUCUGCCUCUCUGUCAAAGGAUCCACUGAUGAAGAGCUGUGCAGGCUGGUGGUGCAGCUGCAGCCUCCUCCUCCUCCUCAGGGCUCAGAUGGGUGCUGCCUGUGUUCAGCUCCUGCUGGCUGCCACCCUGUGGAUGAAGCCUCACAUGGGAGCUGCAGCUGCAGCAGCUGUGCUGUCGAGCUCCACAGAGCUGCUCGACAUGACCCGGGCUGGAGCUGAGACACAGUCAGACCUCAGGACGCUCACUGGAGCUGUCAGACGUAAGCGAGCCGUCUCAUCAAGAGACAUCAACGCCCUGCUGGAUUACCACAACAGAGUCCGCUCUCAGGUCUUCCCUCCAGCUGCUAAUAUGGAGUUCAUGCUGUGGGAUGAGCGGCUGGCUGAGUCAGCUGACUCCUGGGCUUCACGAUGUGUUUGGGAUCACGGUCCAACACAAGCCAUGAAAUACAUGGGCCAAAACCUGUCAAUCACCACUGGAAGGUACCAGUCCAUCACUGACCUGGUCAAGUCCUGGUACGAGGAGAGGCAUCACUUCUCCUACCCGAACAGAUGCAGUGGAUCAGUGUGUUCUCACUACACUCAGAUGGUGUGGGCGAGCACCAGCAGAGUGGGAUGUGCUGUCAGGAGGUGCUCCAACAUGUACGUGUUCGGGAGCACCUGGAGGGAGGCGACGCUGCUGGUCUGCAACUACUCUGUAAAGGGAAACUGGGUGGGAGAAGCUCCCUACAGGACCGGGAAGCCUUGUUCGGUCUGUCCGUCUAGCUACGGCGGCUCCUGCUGGAGAAACCAGUGUUCACCAAACACAAAACCCAGAAGACUCACAAGAUAUUAA